AUGCGACUGAAUGAAGAUUCUGGAGGAAAAAGAGGUGGUGGGGGCGGCGGUGGAAGAACAGAUCGAACCACACGAAUGUUGGUUGCACUGCUGGGCUUAUUUCUAGCUACAGAGUUGCCACAAGCAUUGUUUGGGCUUCUGACUGCUAUAGCACCUCACCUAUUUCAGGAAUGCUACUAUGCCUUUGGCGAGGUGAUGGACUUAAUGGCGCUAGUGGGAUCCGCUGUCAACUUCGUAUUGUACUGUAGUAUGAGUAGACAGUUUCGCAAUACUUUUAGAAGGCUAGGCCGGAAGUUACUGCCUUUGGGACGCCAAAGUUCAGAAUUUGGCAUAGUUAGAAAAACGUAG